UGCAUCGACUUUAUUUUUUUGUUUACAAAAACUUCAUUCUUCAUUCUACAUUCAAAUGUUUUGUGAGAAAAAUAUACACAGCUCAUUUUACCCUGUUAGAAAUCUUUCAGCAUUUGAUGCCAGAGGAUUAUCUGAAAUGUCUAGGUGAAAUAGUACUGCUGUUUUGAUCCUGUAUUGCCCAGUAGCUUCUGGACCUUGGGUAAUACACAGAGCAACUGAAUGAUUUUCAACCUAAGCACCUCAAAUGUUACCUCCUCAGACUUUGCUGACACCCUCAUUUCAUUGCUUAGUUCUUACUAACUUCACAACAGUAGUUACUAUCUGAAAUAACUUUAAAUACUUAUUUACUGCCUCCUCACCUAGAAAGUUAGCUCUUUUUUACUUUGGAUCCCCAUUGCCUAGAAUGUGAAUGAUUGUGGAAAGAAUAGGUCAAUAUCUUAGUCAUCAAUAAAUAGUGCUUUAAAAAAGUCUUGGAACAUUGAAACUCAGUAUUUUGGUUGUUGACAAAUUCUCAAAGAGAUAUAAAUUCUGCCUAUUACUUUUUCUUUUCUAAAUAUCUUCAGACCCUUAUUUAGAGCAUAAACUCUAGCUGCGAAUCAGUGGGAGUUGGUAGCCACUUAAAGAAAAUAAAAUUUAAUUUGUAUACCUAAUUAAAUGAAAUUCUCAAAAACUAUUUGUUUUUUGAGAUAGGGCCCCCUCUGUUGCCCAGGCUGAAGUACAAGUGGCACUCACUGCAGUGUUUACUUCCCACACUCAAGCUACUCUCCCACCUCAGCCACCCGAGUAGCUGGGACCACAGGUGUGUGCCGUGACCACACCUGGCUAAUUUUUGUUUGUUUUUGAGACAGUGUCUUGCUCUUGUUGCCCAGGCUAGAGUGCAAUGGCACAAUCUCGGCUCACUGCAACCUUCGCCUCCUGGGUUCAAGCAAUUAUCCUGUCCCAGCAUCCCAAGUAGUUGGGAUUACAGGCAUGCGCUGCCACCACGCCGGCUAAUUUUUUGGAGACGGGGUUUCACCAUGCUGGUCAGGCUGGUCUCGAACUCAUGACCUCAGGUGAUCCAGUCGCCUCGGCCUCCCAAAGUGCUGGGAUAACAGGCGUGAGCCACAGUGCCCGGCCACACCUGGCUAAUUAAAAAUUUUUUUUUGUGUAGAGACAGGGUCUUACUGUUGUCCAAGCUGGUUUCGAACUACAGAGCUCAAGCGAUCUGCCUGCCUCGGCCUUGCAGUGUUGCGAUUACAGACGUGAGCUACCACGCCUGCCCAAAGUAUUUUUAUCCUGCCUUCCAACCAUAUACAAGUUAUUUCCUAAAUUUCUCUGAGGAUUACAUCCCAUUGUACAAGCUUCCUCAUCCUGGAGGGGGAUUGAGUGAAUGGAUGGGGUUGCUGAAAAUUUAUAAGAUUAGUUUGAUCCAAACCCUGAUAUAUUUUGGUUCCAUGGGUUAAAUAAGACUGUGAGGUCACAUGUGAGCAAUGUUUUUCUUUUUUUAGAAAGCGUUUCUUCCCUGUAACUUGACUAAAAUUCCACAGUUCCUCCCUUCUUCACACCUAAACAUUAAGAUAGAUUUAUUAAAAAUCUAAAUAAUUAGUGUAAAGGGUUAGAUAUCUGUACAUAUAUGUCUUUAGGCUUGCUGACUUCGUUGGUUUCACCUGAUUUUGUUGGUUACCAAGGAAACAGCCUAACUCCUGAGCCUCCAAUCGCUAGCUCUUCCAAGAGAGUAAUUCCAGGUGUCAGGGUUCUAGGCGCUAGUACAAACUGCCCGCAGUCCCUGCUCGAGGUCGUCUUUGCGGGGAGCCAUGGCUGUGGCACGGGUCCCGGCAGGUUCCUUCACCAGUCCCUGAGAGCCAGCCCCCGCGCUGUCCAGAUCCCAGACCUCUCGCGGGCCGGCACGGCCUUCUAAGGGCGGGCCUGGGGUCCUGGGCUCAAAGUCCAGCCUUGGCCGCGGCCCCACGGGUACGCUUGUGGGCCUUCCGUGCUCCAGGAGCCGCCAGACUCUGCCCGGCGCGGAAUGGAGGUGUGAAGCCGCAGAAGCUAGGAAGGGGCUGACAAGGAAGAGUCGGUUGCCCGUAGUUCCCUACGCAACUCUGUGGGUACGGGGAGUCGAACGAAGGCUUCUGCACUCCAAGGCUCCUGGCAUCGUCCCCGCGCCACCCUGGCGUACCCUCUGAUGGUCGCUGACAGCCUCAAGGGGGAGGAUCGAGACUGAGCCUGCUCCCGCUACACAUCCCCAGCCACCUUCUAGCCCUGUUCUCUCGGCUCACGCCCCGCCCCGUGAGCUGCUACGUGACGGGACCCGCCAGUGAGCCUAUGGGAGGCAGCCCCGCCCCACGCCGCCACCUUGCCCCUUGCUCCGCGCGCCGCCACGUGAUGCGGCCCACCUCCAGCCAAUGAGUGCCGGCCUUUCCUCGCGCCCCGCCCCGCGCGCCGUGGCCGUUUGAAGUGACUAAUUUCUGUCAUAUGACUGAGGCGCCCAUGGGGGUGGCGGGGCGGCUGUAAGAGUAGGGGCCUAGCAAGCGCCCAGCGGAGCGACCCCUGCCUGGCCGUGGCUAGCAUGGCCCCUACGCUGUUCCAGAAGCUCUUCAGCAAGAGGACCGGGCUGGGCACGCCCGGCCGCGACGCCCGGGACCCAGAUUGCGGGUUCAGUUGGCCUUUACCAGAGUUUGAUCCAAGCCAGAUUCGACUGAUUGUAUAUCAAGACUGUGAAAGACGAGGGAGAAAUGUUUUGUUUGACUCCAGUGUUAAGAGAAAAAAUGAGGACAUAUCAGUAUCGAAACUCUGCAGUGAUGCUCAAGUUAAAGUCUUUGGGAAAUGCUGCCAACUGAAACCUGGAGGAGACAGUUCUUCCUCUUUAGAUAGUUCUGUGACUUCAUCUUCUGAUAUAAAAGACCAGUGUCUUAAGUACCAGGGUUCUCGGUGCUCUUCUGAUGCCAAUAUGCUUGGAGAGAUGAUGUUUGGCUCAGUAGCAAUGAGCUACAAAGGAUCUACCUUAAAAAUUCAUCAGAUUCGUUCCCCUCCACAGCUCAUGCUCAGCAAAGUGUUUACUGCUCGGACUGGCAGCAGUAUUUGUGGGAGUCUCAAUACGCUACAAGAUAGUCUUGAAUUCAUCAAUCAGGACAACAAUACAUUAAAGGCUGAUAAUAACACAGUUAUUAAUGGACUGCUUGGAAAUAUAGGUCUUUCACAGUUCUGCAGCCCCAGGCGGGCAUUCUCUGAGCAGGGUCCGCUCCGCCUGAUCAGGAGCGCCUCUUUCUUUGCAGUUCACAGCAACCCAAUGGACAUGCCUGGAAGAGAGCUCAAUGAGGACAGAGACAGUGGCAUAGCACGGUCUGCAUCCCUCAGCAGCUUGCUGAUCACUCCAUUUCCUUCCCCAAACUCCUCACUUACCCGAAGUUGUGCCAGCAGCUACCAGCGACGUUGGCGACGCAGCCAAACAACAAGUUUGGAAAAUGGGGUAUUUCCUAGAUGGUCUAUAGAAGAAAGCUUUAAUCUCUCAGAUGAAAGCUGUGGCCCUAACCCAGGAAUUGUGCGGAAAAAGAAGAUUGCAAUUGGGGUAAUCUUUUCAUUAUCCAAAGAUGAAGAUGAAAAUAACAAAUUUAAUGAAUUCUUUUUUUCACAUUUUCCUCUCUUUGAAAGCCACAUGAACAAAUUAAAGAGUGCAAUAGAACAGGCUAUGAAAAUGAGCCGGAGAUCAGCUGAUGCCAGUCAGAGAAGUUUGGCAUAUAAUCGAAUAGUUGAUGCCCUAAAUGAAUUCAGAACAACAAUUUGUAAUCUUUACACGAUGCCACGAAUUGGAGAACCUGUCUGGCUUACAAUGAUGUCGGGGACUCCAGAAAAGAACCACCUUUGCUAUCGUUUCAUGAAGGAGUUCACUUUUCUAAUGGAAAAUGCUUCCAAAAAUCAAUUCUUGCCAGCUCUCAUUACUGCAGUUCUGACAAAUCAUCUUGCCUGGGUUCCAACAGUCAUGCCAAAUGGACAACCACCUAUAAAAAUAUUUUUAGAAAAGCAUUCCUCUCAGAGUGUGGACAUGUUGGCAAAGACUCAUCCAUAUAACCCACUUUGGGCACAACUGGGAGACUUGUAUGGCGCUAUUGGCUCUCCUGUACGGUUAGCAAGGACUGUGGUAGUUGGCAAACGACAAGACAUGGUCCAGAGGCUACUUUAUUUUCUUACUUAUUUUAUAAGAUGCUCUGAACUUCAAGAAACGCAUCUUUUAGAAAAUGGAGAAGAUGAAGCCAUCGUUAUGCCAGGCACAGUAAUUACUACCACUUUAGAGAAAGGCGAAAUAGAAGAAUCGGAGUAUGUCCUUGUCACAAUGCAUAGAAACAAAAGCAGUUUGCUCUUUAAAGAGUCAGAAGAAAUAAGAACUCCCAAUUGUAACUGUAAAUAUUGCAGUCAUCCACUCCUUGGGCAAAAUGUAGAGAACAUUUCACAACAAGAGAGAGAAGAUAUUCAAAACAGCUCUAAGGAGCUGCUAGGAAUUUCAGAUGAGUGCCGGAUGAUUUCUCCUUCUGACUGCCAAGAAGAAAAUGCUGUUGAUGUUAAACAGUACAGAGAUAAAUUAAGAACUUGCCUUGACGCCAAGUUGGAGACAGUUGUUUGCACAGGAUCUGUUCCAGUAGACAAAUGUGCAUUGUCAGAGUCAGGCUUAGAGCCAACAGAGGAAACAUGGCAGAGUGAGAAGCUGCUGGAUUCAGACAGUCACACAGGCAAAGCAAUGAGAUCCACAGGAAUGGUUGUGGAAAAAAAACCUCCAGAUAAGAUUGUGCCUGCUUCAUUUUCUUGUGAGGCUGCCCAGACAAAGGUUACUUUCCUGAUUGGGGAUUCUAUGUCACCUGAUUCAGAUACUGAGCUUCGAAGUCAGGCAGUGGUGGAUCAGAUUACCAGACAUCACACCAAACCAUUGAAGGAAGAAAGAGGGGCUAUUGAUCAGCAUCAAGAAACUAAACAAACAACUAAGGACCAAUCUAGAGAGUAUGAUACACAGAACAUGGUUUCUGAAGAGCCCUGUGAACUUCCUUGUUGGAAUCAUUCAGACCCAGAAAGCAUGAGCUUAUUUGAUGAAUAUUUUAAUGAUGAUUCAAUCGAAACCAGGACUAUUGAUGAUGUUCCAGUUAAAACAAGUACAGAUAGUAAAGACCAUUGCUGUAUGUUAGAGUUUUCAAAAAUAUUGUGUACAAAAAAUAACAAACAGAACAAUGAAUUUUGUAAAUGUAUAGAAACAGUUCCCCGAGAUUCAUGUAAAACCUGCUUUCCUCAGCAGGACCAAAGAGAUACACUCUCCAUUCUUGUCCCCCAUGGGGAUAAAGAGAGUUCAGAUAAAAAAAUUGCUGUAGGAACUGAAUGGGACAUUCCAAGAAAUGAAAGUUCAGAUAGUGCCCUUGGGGAUAGUGAAAGUGAAGAUACAGGUCAUGAUAUGACUAGACAAGUUAGCAGUUAUUAUGGAGGAGAGCAAGAAGAUUGGGCAGAAGAGGAUGAGAUACCUUUUCCUGGGUCAAAGUUAAUCGAAGUGAGUGCUGUUCAGCCCAACAUUGCCAACUUUGGGAGGUCCUUGCUGGGUGGCUACUGCUCAUCUUAUGUGCCUGACUUUGUUCUUCAAGGAAUUGGGAGUGAUGAGAGGUUCCGUCAGUGUCUGAUGUCAGAUUUAUCUCAUGCUGUGCAGCAUCCAGUUUUGGAUGAACCAAUAGCAGAAGCUGUCUGUAUUAUAGCUGACAUGGAUAAAUGGACUGUUCAAGUGGCCAGUAGCCAGAGACGAGUGACAGAUAAUAAAUUGGGAAAGGAAGUAUUGGUUUCCAGUCUUGUUUCCAAUCUGCUUCAUUCCACACUUCAGCUUUAUAAGCAUAACUUGUCUCCAAAUUUUUGUGUAAUGCAUCUUGAAGACCGGUUGCAGGAGCUAUACUUCAAAAGUAAAAUGCUGUCUGAAUACCUGAGGGGGCAGAUGCGUGUUCAUGUCAAGGAGCUGGGAGUGGUUCUGGGGAUUGAAUCCAGUGAUCUUCCACUUCUGGCUGCUGUAGCAAGCACUCACUCUCCAUAUGUUGCACAAAUACUCCUUUAAUAUACCUAAAGAUUGUUAGAAAUUGGUGGGAAAAUAAGUAGAAACCAAGGAAGCAGACACAACACGCAUUUAUGGAGAUUCUUUGUCCCUUUUAGACUUCCAUCUGAAUGAGUCAGUCACCAGGGUAUUCUGCAUAGCAUUGUAUAUUCUGUGUAUGUCAGAUGGCUUUUUCUUUUUGACUGGACAUUUGGGUGGUGGUAGAUUUUUAAACAAAUGAAAUUAAAGCAACAAUAAUUUUAAAGCAUUUGAAAAAGCCAAAGCGUACGAUAGAAAUUUCUACAAAAUGAAUAUUAUCAGGAGUUUCAUGUGAUCACUGCAGUGUUGUCACAACUCAUAAAUAGCAACAAUGUCUCAUGAUUUAAUGGCUCAGAAAUAGUUAUUCAUUAGUUUUUAAUUUUUAAUUUCUAAGGCACAGAGAUCUAUAAAACCUUGAUUGUUUGGUAGUUUUGCAAUUCAAAACAGCUAAUGUCUGGUUAUUUCUCAAAGUAAGUAUUUUAAACAGCCUGUUAAUUAUAACAAACUCAGAAUAAUGAGUGUAAAUGUGUUAUGUUAUCCACCCAAGUGUACAUAUGUACCUAUUUUUUUUAAAAAAGCAGAAAUAGAAAUACAAGAUUGGUAAACAUGCCUUUAAAAAAUAUAUAUUUUCAACUAGUAUUGUCUAUAAUGCUGAAAUACUACUUAUUGGUGAUUUUUCUGUUUCACACACUCUAAAAUAUAAGUAAUGCCAACCUUUUUUUUUUAAGGCUGAGAUUCCCAAAAUGAGAAUACUACUUUAUACCAUUUGUUUAUAAGUAUGAACUAUUCUUAUAAAUAUUAAUAUUUACAUGUUCACUAAUUUAACAUAAAUGAAAAUUAGGAUUAAAAAUUGCACCAAAGCAUUGGCAAAAAUAAUACUAUAUUCUUUAAAAGUGCUCAGGUAGCCAAGGCCCUUGCUUUUGGUAUCAACCCUCAUGAACCCAUAGGAGCUGAAUAUUUGUUUCACUGCUUAAUAAUCCUCAAUUUACACUAAUAGAAUUCAUAACUCUUAAAAUUAUUCUCUUUUUUUCUAAGAGCCCCUCCCUUCCAAAAGCGUAUUUUUUUCAAAGAUUUUCACUUCUCAAUUGUUGCCUUUGUACAUACUAUAGAGUGUUGCUUGUAAGAAAGGCUAAUAUGGAACCAAACUCCUGUAAGUAAUGUAAAUAGAAAGGUGGGUGGAUAAAGUUUUCAAUACUCUUUACUACCUCAGUUUACUUGAAUACUACAUUAUAGUUUAUUCUUUGCUUAUCUGGUCUAAGAGACUUUUAAUGCUAGUAGUAAAGUUGGUUUCUGCUUUCAUUGACUAUUUUCAUCAUAAUUUCAUUAUUGAUUAAAAAAAGAAAACCACUUGUUUAUUCAGUUAUUAAAUAUAUUAUCCAUUCUUGCUGUUUAAAUUUUCAAUAGUUAAUGGAAAGUUGUCUUUGACCUUGAAUUUACAGCAUUGGGUCACAUUUUGCCUUGCUGUGUAUGUAUUCAAGAGACUUCCAACUAGACAAAGAAAAAAUGGUUGUUUUAAUGGAAUGUAAACCUGAAAUUGGUGCGUCUGCAAUCUGUUUGGCCCAUGACCUUUUACCUAGUCCCAGUUAUUACCUGAGUCUCCCAUGGAUGACUUGCUGCCAAGGAGUGUUUGUGGAUAUAUUUUCUUUGGCUUUAUUUUCUUCUGUGCGUUAACAAAAUUAUCCAGUUGUCUAAUUUUGGAAUUCUAUGAGUCAAUCUUUUUGGCAGAAUUCAGAAUAUUAAAAAGUUCAUACAUUUGCGGGCCAUUGUACCUUUUUUGUUUUGUUUUUUUGAGACAGAGUUUCACCCUUGUUGCCCAGGCUGGAGUGCAACAGUGCGAUCUCAGCUCACUGCAACCUCCGCCUCCCAGGUUCAAGUGAUUCUCCUGCCUCAGCCUCCCAAGUAGCUGGGAUUACAAGUGUGUGCCACCAUGCUCAGCUAAUUUUGUAUUUUUAGUAGAGGUGAGAUUUCACCAUGUGUUGGUCAGGCUGGUCUUGAACUCCUGACCUCAAGUGAUCCACCUGCCUCGACCUCCCAAAGUACUGGGAUUACAGGCGUGAGCCACUGUGCCCAGCCUUGUACAUUUUUUUUUUUUUUUUAUUGUAGCUCUGUGUAGCACUUGGAUAAUGUCUGGGUGUUUCCUUAACCAUCAAACUAUUCUUUAUUUAAAAUGUUUAAUUACCAUUUAGAAAUUCUAGUCCUCAAUAAGUGGGUGGCUCAUGCUAUUGUUGUUCCUAAAGCUAAGCUUUGCUGGGAAGGAAAUGACCUAUAGUUUCUUAAAGAAUCAUUAAUCCUUAUAGGAUUCCUGAGUUACUGUUUUUUUCCUCCCCACUGCUUCCCGUUCCUGAGUUUUGUAAUUCCUAAUCCUUCUAUAAUUUCUAUUACCUUCAUCAUAGUCAUUCUUUCCUUACGCAAAGCCCAAGGAAUGAGCUGCUGCUACUUUAAAGUGUGGUCAUUAUGAAGAAUGUGAAAAGAGUUUUGGCUUGUUCGAAAUAAUUUUUACAAGUUAUGGUACAGACAGUUGUUACAUAUCAAAAAAACUCCUGUUUAUUGAAACAGGAAAUAAAAAAGGGAUCUUUUACAUUAUAGAAUUAAAACUAAUUUUUUCUUGUAUAUAAACUAAUUGGUUUGAUUUUAAAUAUUUCUGGCUUUUAUUAAUAUGUCUUAAUUUUGAGUUUGAAAAUGUUAAGUGCAAUAAAAACAUACUAGUACAGAUUUUGUUUUGUUCCAAUUGGCAUACUCUGGGGAUGAUCACUUAACAGAUUUUACAUAAUGCCUAUUUCUGGUAGAUGUCUUAUGAGAUUGUUCUGCUUUUUCUAAGUUACUUAGAUGUUGGAUAUGUAAAAUGUACAUAAUUGUUUCUUGUUCUGUAUACAUUUCUCAAAUGUACACUUGUACUAUAAUAACCUCCCAGUUCUAGGGGAUAUUUGUGCAAUAAAUACACAUGUCAACUUGA